AUGUCUCGAGCAUCUGAUGUCGAGGGCGACGUCAAGUCGAAACUUGAUAUUAGCCAUGUCGAGCACAGCAACGCUGACUAUACCCGAAACAUUGACGCUAGAGUCCGCAAUCCUCUCCUCGGGAUCUCCAAGUCCGACUUGCGUGUCCAGGUAGCAGGCUUUUGCCACGAAUUUGGCUUCCAAGAUAAGGAAGACGUAUUCUUCCGCGGUGCCCUUGCAGCCCAGAACCCGGAGACAUACGAGUCUUUUGGUGAGCUCACUGAAGACGACAAGAAUGUCCUCCGCCGCGAAGUCACUCACAAGUGGCACCUUCCGCGGGACCUCUACUGGAGCAUUGCCCUCUGUUCCCUUGGCUCCGCUAUCCAAGGAUGGGACAACACGGGUGCCAACGGUGCGAACCUCUCGUUUCCGCAAGAGUUUGGCAUUGAAAAUAAUCAGGCACUCGUCGGUGUCAUCAACGCCGGGCCCACUCUAUUCGGCCUCCUAAGCGCGUGGGCCGCGGACCCUAUCAACAACCGUCUCGGUCGCCGCGGAACGAUCUUUUUGACGGGCUUGUUCUGCGUGUUUCCUGUUCUUGCCCAGUCUUUCACACAGAACUGGUGGGGGCUUUUGAUCUGCCGGUUCUUCAUGGGCUUAGGCAUGGGCGUCAAAAUCUCAACAAUCCCAGUGUACUCAGCCGAAGUUGCCCCGGCUGCUGUGCGAGGUGGGAUCGUCACUAGUUUUCAACUAUGGGUUGCUUUCGGCAUCUUCGUCGGCUUUUGCUCCAACUUGGUCUGGUACCGCGUCGGAAAAUUGGCUUGGAGAUUCCAGCUAGGGGCCGCAUUUGCUCCUGCUAUCCCAGUCUUAAUCUUCAUUUGGUUCUGUCCUGGUACGUGA